CCCAGUACCAUGUCGAUUCUGCACCCUGAAGACGUCGUGCAAGAGAGCUGGUUCAUACUCGUGCUGACCGGAUUUUUAGGUCUGCGUCCUGUGAGGGUCCUCGGGACCCCGUGGCCCGGCUACCUUUACAUGCUGCUUCUGAUAGCCCUCUACUUCUGCUUCUUCUUCGGCAUCAAGAACACUGCCGCCCCUGAUUUCGAGAGACUCUCUAAAGUGACGAGCGUUACCAUCCAUCGUCUCAGACAGAACUAUGCGAACCUCCUCCUGAUGCCUCUCAUGAUCUGUUCCUCCAUCCGAUGCGGCCGGAAAGCCAGCGAGGCGUACUUAGCGCUAAGUGAAGUAGACAAGAGUCUACAAUUCGUCAACUUGUAUUUUCGUUACACUCGAAACAUGAGGCGCGAGGUGGUGCACGCGUGUGCGGUGGUCUUCCUUACCACGUUCUUCGGGGUCCUCGAAAGCAGCAGGCUAGUGGAUGAGCAGACGACCUCCGCGUUCGAGGCUGCCUGUGUCUUCAACCAGCUCCCGGAAGUGCUCAAUGGGGUCUCCAUGUGCUCCUUCGUGAUCUUCCUGUCGAAGGUUCGCCUGAGACUCCUGGCGAUCAAUGGGAGUCUCGAGCCGCUGAUGGAUGCCGUCGAGGACGCCGCGGUGACGCCUUCGACGGCCAUAAAUGACGGUAACGAUCGAACCCGCUACAACGUCCAUCCCUGGGACUUUGAUCGAGGGCCCCAUAAAAUCAUUCCGCUAGCUUUCAGGUUACGAUCGCUGCGCCAGAACCACAGAAAACUCUGCAGAAUUGCGCUCCUGGUGGGCGACGCUUAUGGCUUCCAGAUCCUGGUGAACUUCAUCGUCUACUUUGGGAAUGCCUGCGCUCACCUGAACCUCCUCUACACGAAAUUCAACGUCGAGAACAACCUGGUAGACACUUUGGGCGAUCUUUUCAGUAUCUGCUUCUAUAUUGGGAAGUUCGUUUACGUCAUUCGAGCCUGCCAGGCUGUCGAGGCUCAGGCCAAGGUGUCUCGGGAGAUGUGGGAAGUUUGGAACGAUCCUGAUAAACGCACCUUUCAAGGAGAGAUGAGGGCGAUUUCUUGGCAGCUAUUUCUCAAGGAUUUUCGGUUCACCGCUUGCAAUUGCUGUUACGUUGAUUGCAGAUUACUGAAAACGGUGAAUAAACGUCGUCGUCGGCUUGAUCGGCUACUUCGUUUUAAUGGCUUACAUAAUUCGUUAGCGUUAACGGAACAGUUUGUAAAGAGGCACUCUCCGCAAAAUAAAAGAAACGAACACAGAGCGGCACUUACGGCGCCAUUACUGCCUGCAUAA